CUGAGCGCUUCACAUCUUGAGCAACUUUAGGGAGGAGGAUUACAGGAUUGCAGUUACACUGCAAACUGGAAUUAAUAUACUGUAGUUAGAUUGACUCAGGUAGAGUGAAGCAAAAUUCUAUAACGUUAGAGCAGAAUUUGCCCAGUCCAACUCCCUCAGACAUCUGUGGAAAUUGAGGUCGAGAGAGGGGACACGGCUUAUUUAUAACACGGUGAUUAGGUGGCGGAAAAAGUCGAGUCAGGCGGAGGGGAAGAGCAAAGUGUCAGAAGAGGUAGGAGGUGGCCACAUUGCCCCUAUGACAGAUUUCAUGCUGUCUUCCCGAUAACACUCUUGAAGAGACUACCAAUUAUUCCAAAUACCCAGAGACCAGAUUUCUCCAGGAUACGCUCGUUCUUCUUGGGAAUAAUUUCAUUCACAGUCCCCUCCCUUUAAGCAGUCUUCUCUUCCUUGAUCCAGUCAUCUUUGUGUCCCCAAAUUCAGUUCCUGACACAGAGCAAGGUUUAGUAAACGCUCGUGUUUUCUUCUUUGAACGACUGUGCUUAUCCCAUAUCACAUCUCCUUUCUGUCCUGCCCCUCCUCUCUUGGAAUCACCCUUGAAGGUGAGAUUUGUUGUGUGCUACCCCCUCUUCUAGCCUGCAGACUGCAAAAAGGAAAAGUCCUGGGGGAGUGGAGGUAGAUUUCAAUGGGGUCAGAGCGAAGAACGCCCAUACCAAAGGAGAGUCCCCAUGUCCCAGAGCGGUGACUUCUCCAAAGGGAGGAAUUCUGGGUCCCCUAGCCCUCCUUUAUCCUCCAUCAAGGGAGGCAGCUUGGUCUUCGGCGCCCCAGGCCCCCAAUCUAACACGGCAGCCUUGGAGGAAAACGCACCAGAUUUCGGACCUCUCUCUCCUUGGUGGUACCUCGUUCCGACCCUGGCACCCCCUCUACGCUCCCCACCACCACCUCCCAGGGCAGAAGGGCGAGUGGGGGCAGACCCUAUGAGUCACGUCCUGGGCCUGGAGUUGAGGAGGGAAGCGCCGCCUCUCCUAGGGCCCCUUCUCUCCCCCUUUCCCCUCCCGCUGGUUCCUGGCGCAGCCAGAUGCUGCGCAGCGAUCACCGAUUCCCCAUCACCAAUUCGACUGGCGUCCCCGAGGCCACGGGCUCCCGUAGGCUCCCCGUGGCCCCGAGUUAUAGUCGGGACCCCUCGGUCGCGGGUGAUUGUUGGGUCUCCACGGGCCCGGGUCGCUGGGGCGGAUCAGGCCUCCGCGCCUUCUCAGGGCGCCCCGCAAGGCCGCAGGCAAGAUGAACAUUCUGGCGCCGGUGCGGAGGGACCGCGUCCUGACGGAGCUGCCCCAGUACCUGAGGAAAGAGGCCGCUUUGCACGUGCACAAAGACUUCCACCCCCGCGUCACCUGCGCCUGCCAGGAGCACCGGACAGGCACCGUGGGCAGAUUUAAGAUCUCCAAGGUCAUUGUGGUGGGGGACCUGUCAGUGGGGAAGACUUGUCUCAUUAAUAGGUUCUGCAAAGACACCUUUGAUAAGAACUACAAGGCCACCAUCGGAGUGGACUUUGAGAUGGAACGAUUUGAGGUGUUGGGCGUCCCCUUCAGUCUGCAGCUCUGGGACACCGCUGGACAGGAGAGGUUCAAAUGCAUUGCAUCGACCUACUACCGAGGAGCUCAAGCCAUCAUCAUCGUUUUCAACCUGAAUGAUGUGGCCUCCCUGGAACAUACCAAGCAGUGGCUAGCUGAUGCACUCAAGGAGAAUGACCCUUCCAGUGUGCUUCUCUUCCUCGUGGGUUCCAAGAAGGACCUGAGUACUCCUGCUCAGUAUAUGCUAAUGGAGAAAGAUGCACUCAAGGUGGCCCAAGAGAUGAAGGCCGAGUACUGGGCAGUCUCAUCUCUCACUGGCCUGAAACUGCUCCCUGUGUCAGGUGAAAAUGUCCGGGAAUUCUUCUUUCGUGUGACGGCACUGACCUUUGAGGCCAACGUGCUGGCUGAGCUGGAGAAAUCGGGGUCCCGGCGUAUUGGGGAUGUUAUCCGCAUCAACAGUGAUGACAGCAACCUCUACCUAACUGCCAGCAAGAAGAAGCCCAUGUGUUGCCCGUGACGGGUGAGGGUACUGUCCAGAGACUGCCCAGCCCUGGGGCAGUGUGCCACCUUUACUCCCCCAGAGCUCAACCCCUGGACAUUUGCACUGACUGUUUUUCCAGACCAAAGAGCUGCCCUUGGUGGCAGUAUCCCCAGAGGUGUAGCUGGGACCAUGCUAG